UCUUCGUGUCAGGGCGGCGCAACGCGCUCGCGACUCCUCUGCGCCUUGCCGGCUUUUCCUCGCCGCCGCGGCUGCUUCUACCUCAGCGCCGAACGGUCCGUCCCACCACCACACACACACACACACUCACACUCACACUCACACACCGCGCUUGCCCUGGCGGCAGCCCAGCGGUAGCGGCCGAGCGAGGAAAGGAAAGGGGCCGGAGAACGAAGCGGGCGCGGCGGCGGCGGCAGCAGCAGCAGCAGCAGCAGCCAGAGCCGCCGCUUCUUCGCGACAGCCGAGGACGGAAGAGGCGGCGGCGGCGGCGGCGGUCGCUCUCAUCACCCGGGAAGAGGGGGGGGGGGGGGGCACGCUGGAGGGCCUGGCUCCCCUCGUCUAUUGCUCGCUCCGCUCUACGGUGAACAGAGGAGAUGCCCGUGAAAAAAAAGCGCAAAUCUUCCGGGCAGGCGGGCGACGAGUCGGGCCUCAAGAAAUGUAAAAUCAGCAGUUAUUGCAGGUCACCAGCUUCCAAUAAAGUGAUAAGUGGUGAGGAGCAUUUUUCAAGCAAGAAGUGCCUGGCUUGGUUUUAUGAAUAUGCAGGUGAUGAUGAAAUUGUAGGACCUGAAGGAAUGGAAAAAUUCUGUGAAGAUAUUGGUGUUGAACCUGAAAACAUUAUUAUGCUAGUUUUAGCCUGGAAACUAGAGGCUGAAAGCAUGGGAUUUUUUACAAAAGAAGAGUGGCUAAAGGGGAUGACCUCAUUACAAUGUGACGGUACAGAAAAGGUGCAAAGUAAAUUUGAUUUUUUGCGAUCCCAACUGAAUGACAUUUCAACAUUUAAGAAUAUCUACAGAUAUGCAUUUGACUUUGCAAGGGAUAAAGAUCAGCGAAGUCUUGAUAUUGACACAGCGAAAUCUAUGUUAGCACUACUUCUUGGAAGGACAUGGCCACUGUUUUCAGUGUUUUACCAAUACUUGGAGCAGUCAAAAUACAAAGUAAUUAACAAAGAUCAGUGGUACAAUGUGUUAGAAUUCAGUAGAACUGUCCAUGCGGAUCUUAGCAACUACGAUGAAGAUGGGGCAUGGCCUGUUCUUCUUGAUGAAUUUGUGGAAUGGCAAAAGGAUCGCCAAGCAUCAUAGCAAGAGCAGUUGUGAAGAGAACGCUGGAUCUUGCGAUGCCCAAUCUACAAACACUGAUUCAAAACCAAGGAUUGCGUUCACAUCCUUAUGAACUUUAGUCAUUUUUUUUUUCCUUUUAUUUUUAAAGGAAGCCUUGUUACACAUGAAAAGGGCAUUGAACCACACACUUCUGAGACUGAAAAUUGGAGGUUUUUGUCUUAAGUUUCUAUCAUUUCAGAACAAUAAAGAUUCAGAUUUGUAACAGUCUUAAAA